UCACCGCUCAGGGAGAAAGUAUUCAUGGCUUCAUCUUCCUCCCAGCAUCUGUUCGUCUUCGUCUUCCGCCAUGGCCAGAUCUGGUCACUUUGUCUUCCUCCCAGCAUCUGCUUGUCUUCAUUUCGCUGCGACCGAGAUGCUCAGAGAAUCGCUGGGCGAGAUACUGGUCGAGUUCUAUCCAUUCACAGGGAGACUCGUCGCGGGAGUGACAGGAAGAUGGCAGUGAGAUGCACGGGAGAAGGUGUCCCGUUCGUCGAAGCGAUGUCGGAGGACGACAUCGGAAUGCUGGGCGACAUCAGCAUCAUCGAUCUGCCAAUGCUGCGAAAACUCAUGAACAACAGCGAUGGAGCCCAAACCAUAUUGGAAAAAACCUUUGCUGACAGUGUAGUUUAUCGUAUAAUCCGGGUGACAGCAUUCAAGUGCGGAGGGAUCACCCUCGGCAUUCUCAUAAAUCACGUCGUCAUCGAUGGUAAAGCCCUCACGGACUUCAUAACUUGUUGGACUGAUGUGGCUCGAGCCAAGCCGCUUUCGAUUCGUCCCUUUCUCGAUCGAUUGGUAUUGUGCCCGAGGUGACCUUUACUCGUCGAUUUCCCCCACCACGAGUAUGCUCGGAUGGAUUGGUGUCCCAAAUGCAUAGUCAACCUCUAAACCAAGCCCCUUGUUUACAAAUCAUUCUGCUUUGAGCCACUCACUCUCGUAAAACUCAAGAAAGCGUCCACAA